AUCAAUGAAGCUUUGAUUCCCCAGAUCAAUAUAUCUUUUGGAAAAUUAUAGAAACUGCGAAUAAUGCAGUUGAAAACAGCGAAAAGAGUGCACCCGUUAAAUGCCAAUGACGAGAGUAGACGUAAUUGAAAGCUGUUGUUUAUUUCACAAUGAUUUCAGAGACUUUUAAACGUAUUGACAAUGUAUACAUUGUUCGACUAUAGCGUCAUUGUGUAUUACUACUGAGCGAGUGAAGUAUAAGCGGCGCCAAUACUUAUAUACCGAACUACACACAUGAAACAAGUUGCGAAUGCGGCUAUACGAAAUCCGCGAACACACAUAAUAGCGGUCUAGUGUAAAUAUUCAUUUGUAUGGUGCUGUUUUAUGCUAAGACCAAUACUCGUAUUGUUCUCUCGAAAGUCGUACGCAUUUCAUCAUUACGACUGAAACUUGCAAACCGAACGCAGUAAACCGGUUUUAUAAAGUGCUUUGUUGAAAAGUGGAAAAUUUAACUAUUUCAAAAAAACUCAUUGUAUCAACACCUAACAUUUUGAGUGAAUAAUUGGAAACUAAAUUGAAAAAUAACUAAACCUAAUUGAACAGCGUCAAUCAAUUAAUAAAAUAUCCCGAAUAUCAUCAUGGGCAAAAAGAAUAAAAAUAAAAAGAAUGCGAAUUCUACGCAAGAAUCGAAGCAGACUCAGCAGACUGCUCAUGCUCAAAGCCAACAACAACGGCAACAGCAGCAACAGCAACAACAGCCUCAACAGCAGCAACAACAGGCUCAACAGCAGCAGCAGCAGCAGAGUGCUGUUCAAUCUCAGCAGCAAAGUCGAACUCUGCAACAUAGUGAAUGGCCAGUGGCUGGUGGGAGUCAAGUUGGAAAUGUCCAACAACGAGAUGAGGGAAAAUCUAGUCUGAAACGGAAUGGGGAUGGUUUGCAACAGCAUCAGAUGCAAUGGCGCACUGAACAAAAGGCACCAACUCAACCGAAAAAUGUUUGGCAUCAACAAGAGAAAAACCGUUCGCAAGAUCAAGGCCAAUUGACACGACUCGAUAAACAAAAUCAAAUUCAAGAAGGUACCUGGUCUCAGCAAUCCCAAAGUACUGUCCAAUCCAAGCAACAUAGCCGACCACAUCAGCAGCAAAGCGAAUGGCCAAUAGCUGCUGGAAGUCAAGUGGAACAACCAAGAUCGACUGAACAAAAGCGGCAACAAAAACAAAAACAGGCUGUUGUUCCAUCUCAGCAACAAGUUCGAUCGUCGGCACAGCAAUAUCAAAGUGAAUGGCCAGUGGCUGGUGGGAGUCAAGCUGGAAAUGUCCAACAACGAGAUGAAGGAAAAACCAGUCUGAAACAGCAUCAGAUGCAAUGGCGCACUGAGCAAAGGCCGCCAACUCAACAGAAAAACGUUUGGCAUCAAGAACAACAAAAGCAAUUCCGUUCGGAAGCGAAUCGAGCACAAUGUCUACAAGAUCAAGAUCGACAUGAUAAACAACAUCAAAUUCAAGAAGGUGCUCGGUCUCAGCAACCACAAAAAAGUGGAUUUCCACGAGCUGAAUCCACUCAAGCAAUGCAACCGAAAAAAUCAGCGGCCGCAUCAGGUGGCGGCACUAAGCCGCAACAAAAGCGUCCUGAACUUCCAACGAUGGAAGAACUAAAACAACAAGGAAUCGACCGACUAACAGUCAAAUAUAAAGGUCACGGCACGCGUGGCCGCAACCUUGGCAAAAUCGAAACGAACUACGUACCAUUAUCUUGGGGAUUGACAAUACCUGAUUAUAUUUACCAUUACGAUGUGACUUUUGAUCCGGAGCGACCAAAAAAAUUACUUGGAAAAGUGUUUACAAAAUUUGUCGAGACAAAUUUUCCGGCAACCAAUGUUUUCAUUGUAUUCGAUGGUGGUAGAAAUGCAUACGCUUCUGAACCACUUGAAACCACCAAUUUGGUGCACGAGAUCAAAAUAAUUCAUCCAGAAACGGGAAAGGAAAUGAAUUUUGAAGUAAACAUUCAAGAAGCAAAUAAUACUCAAAUUGCAUUUAGGGGUCCAUUGACAAGUUACCAAGAUCCAACGGUCGAUGCAAAACGAGCUUUGCAAGGCUUAGAUGUGAUUUUGAAGGCUGCAUUUCAUCAAAGAGGAUUAGAACGUGGUGUUGUUGGUGGUCGAUCAUUUUUCUUGCCAUCUGAUAUGUUGACAUCACUUAGAAACGAACGGCUCUAUUUGGGCGAUGGAUUCGAACUUCGAUUGGGCCUAUUUCAAAGUGUGGUGCUUGGUGAUGAACUGUUUUUGAACGUUGACGUCAGCCACAAAGCGUUCCCGAAGCGUUAUGACAGUUUCAUCGAUCUACUGAAAGAUAUGCGAUUGCAAGAUCGUGAUUUUAAAAGACCAUUGGAAAAAAGGAUGAUAGAUAUGAUUUCCAAACAAUUGUCUGGAUUGGAUAUUUGUUACACUCAGCCGGGCUCGGGUUCAAAAACAAUUCGGAAGUUCAUGAGCAUCGAGGCGAAGCCAUCUUUGAUGACAUUUGAUGUUAAUAACGUUCCAACGACUAUUCUAGAUUAUUUCAAUAGUCGCAGAAUGAGAAUUAACUACCCAGAACUACCAUGUCUUAAACUUGGCAACAGAGAUCAUAAUAUAAUUGUUCCAAUGGAAUUCUGUUCUAUAUCUGAUGCACAGGUGACGAACAAGAAAUGUAGCGACAACCAAACGCGCAAUAUCAUCCGCGUUGCAGCUACCACUACCGACGCACGAAAAGAACGCAUAAUGGAACUGUUGAACAAAAUUAAUCACAACAGAUCGGCCGCUAUAACGGGUUUUGGUAUGAAUGUCGGUAAUAAGUUCGUUGAUGUUGCGGCCAGACAAUUGGAUCCGCCGAAGAUUCAAUAUAAAAAUUCCAAAGUGAUCGAACCAAAGAAUGGAGUUUGGAAUAUGUUUAAAGAGGAAUUUCUGCUAACCGAUCAAAAGCCAGCAAAUGGUUUAACAUGGGGUAUUUUAAACGCUGAUUGCUCGACCGAUCAAUCUACAAUAAGAGAACUGUGCAAUAUGUUGCACCGAAGCAGUAUCUCAGUUGGAUUGUGUUUGGCAAAAGAUCCUUUGUACAUGAAUUCGGUUGUUCGAAGUGAUGAAAGAUUUGUUCCAGACGAUGGAUUGGGGAAACGUGUUCGAGGAGAAUUGCAGAUGAUUGCCGAGGAAAAGGCGAUCAGGAUGCUGUUCUGCAUCAUACCAGACAGAGGUCAAAUUUAUGGUAAAAUCAAGAAAAUGGCCGAAAUUGAUCACGGAGUAUUGACUCAAUGCAUGAAAAGUAAAACAGUUAAUGAAACUGUUCAAGAUAGGCGAAAAGGUGGUACCACCAUAUCCAAUAUUUUGCUCAAAGUGAAUGCAAAAUUGAACGGCACCAAUCAUAAAUUGCAAACGUGCCCAAUUUUGAAUGGAAAACGGUGCAUGUUUAUUGGAGCCGAUGUCACUCAUCCGUCGCCCGAUCAGAAACAUAGUACACCAAGCAUUGUCGGUGUUUCGGCAUCUUACGAUUUAAAUGCAUUUCGAUAUGCAUUUUACUGGCGACUUCAAGGCGCACGCAUCCCAUCUAAAACCGCUUUCAGGGUCGUUGAAAUAAUACAGGACUUCAAAGAAGUGAUAAAAGACCAUCUUAACUUCUACAAAAGCAAAAAUGGUGUGCUUCCUGACAAGAUUUUCUACUAUCGAGACGGUGUCUCCGAAGGUCAAUUUGAUCAGGUGAUGGCUAUCGAAAAAAGUGCCAUAGAUCAAGCCUGUCGUGAAAUCGAACCAGGUUAUGAGAAACGUAAAGAGCUAACCGUGGUGGUUGUUCAAAAGCGACACCAUACUCGAUUCUUCCCGAUCAAAGAUGGUUUCGGAAAAUUUAAUAAUGUUCCAGUUGGCACCAUUGUUGAUACCAAAAUCAUUCGUCCAAACGAGAAUAAUUUCCUUUUGGUUUCGCAUCAAUCGAUUCAAGGUGUUGCCAAGCCAACGAAAUAUUGCAUCCUAUUGGAUGAGGGAGACCAUUUAAUUGACGAUCUAGAAGAGCUAUCCAACAAUCUCUGCUACAUGUUCACUCGAUGCAACCGAGCCGUUUCUUAUCCAGCGCCAACAUAUUACGCACACUUGAUUGCCGCUCGUGCUAAAAAAUACGUUGAAAACACAAUCAAUUUCGAACAAUUGGAUUGCAAAAAUGCCAUCAAAGCAAAUAUUAUCCGUGACCAUCCGAUGUUUUUUGUUUAAACAUGAAUCAGGACAAUCUUCUUCAUUGACGUCAUUCGGAACGUCGUUUUUAUUUUCAAUUAUUUUACCUAUUUUUCUAUAAACCAAAAGUAAAUGUUGGCAUUAGAACAAUUUAUAGGCGGUUCAUAUCUACAUAUUUAACGUUACUAACACAUAUUUUAACCAACGCAUAUUUUAUCAACCUUAACAAUUAAUCAUGCACAUGCGUACCUAAACCCAAUCUUCUUUAACACCAGAAAAAAAAUGUAAAAAUUGGAAAAAAAGUAAAAAAAAAAUUUAAAAAGAAAAAAAAGUCAUUACAUUUGUGAUGACAACCCAAAA